AUGGCGUGCGCGAGCAUGCUUCGUUCCGCCACUCUCAAAGAGCCCAUUCUACUCCGUCCUUUCAAUUUCAAUUUUCGUAAUCACAUAACCUCACGCACCAAAUGUAACAACCUCACCACAAUUAGGUCUCGCCGCUUUCAUUAUCCUAAACUACCUCUCUCUUCCUCUCUCAAUCAAACACCGUCGUCUAACCACCCUGAAGAUCCCACUCAGGACACUGUUUUGAAGUCCAUUUCAGAGGUUUCCAAGGCCGAAGGAAGGGUUGGCCAAACGACAAACGUGGUUAAUGGGAGCACUGUUGUGGAUGAAUCUAACAAUGAGUGGUUGACUUUGGACCAGAAGGUGAACUCGUACCCAACUGUUCGAGGAUUUACUGCAAUUGGUACUGGAGGUGAGGAUUUUGUGCAAGCCAUGCUUGUUGCUGUGGAAUCUGUAAUCCAACAACCAAUUCCUCAGGUGGACUUAAUUAGAUUGCAGUUUUCAAUGAAGAUAACGAGGACAGAAUGGCCAUGGGAUUUUGAUGAUUUUCCUUGCUUUUCACAGAAAACUUACUAUGUGACAUGGAACAAAGUUGGCUCUCUUCUUUUGAAGCUGGUAAAAUCAAUAAGUAUGCCCUGGUUAACACUGAAGAAUGUUUCCAAUGAAAUUGGUAGUCACUCUAAUGAGAUCUAUGGACUUGUAUAA